AUGAAGUUUUUUGGCUUUGAGGGUAAGAAGGGCUUGCCCACCAGCCCAGAGAACAAGAGGGUAGAAUUUACCUCGCCGUACGGGUACCAAAUCCAAGAAAAAGAUCUGGGAAAGAUCCACAGAGCUGCCACGAUGGGCAACGCAGCGAAAGUGCGGCAGAUUCUGUUGUUCCGCAGAAAUGGCGUGAACGAUACAGACAAGAUGAACAGGACUGCCCUACAUUUGGCCUGUGCCAGUGGUCAUGCGGCAGUGGUAACUGUCUUAGCAAAGAGAAAAUGCCAGUUGAACCUUGUUGACAAUGAAAAUAAGACAGCUCUGAUAAAGGCUGUACAAUGCCAGGAAGAAGAAUGUGCAACUAUUCUGUUAGAUCGUGGUGCAGACCCAAAUGUAGUGGAUGCUGAUGACAACACUGCUCUCCACUACGCUGUCCUUGGUCACAAUACAUCCAUAGUAAGAAAGCUGCUUGCACACAAGGCAAAUAUGAAAGUGAUAAACAAGGAUGGCUUCACACCACUUUCACUUGUUGCAAGUGACAACAAUGAGGACAUGGUGGUAUUUUUGGUAAAGGAAAUUCUAUGCUCCAAGCAGUUGGAAAGUCUUUCCUCCAAACCUAACAUGGAUGAUUCAUGGCCUACAGCAGAAGACGAAGACUUUGAUUUUGGUACCAAGGUUGCUAUUGAAGUGAAAGAUCCUCUUUCUAAAAAAGCAGUCGGAACAACUUCAGCACAAACAUCCAGGCCAGAUUCUCCCGAGGAUAUUUCUCCCUCGAAGGCUGCGGUGGAAGUGAAAGAUCCUCUUCCUAAAAAAGCAGCCGGAAAGAUUUCGGUUUCUAAUAGUUAUGAAAAAGGAAAAAGUCUGUUGCAUGAAAAGCACAUGUUGAAGGCUAAAAUUGCCAAACUAAGACUGGAAAUAGACAAACUACAAAAUCAGAACCAGGAAAUGGAAAAAAAAUAUUUUGAGGACAUUGUUAUUGUCAAAGCAAAUAAUGAUUUUCUUCAAAAGACAAUAAAAAUGAAUGAGAAAACACUUAAAAAAACAAUAUCCAAAUGUAAUGGGCAGCUUCAUGUUCUGACAGCUGAGAACACAAUACUAAAGUCUCAACUAGAGACUGUAAAAAAAGACAAAGAAAGACUGGAAACAGAAGUUGAAUCAUACCUCAGACUGGCUACUGCUGUACAGGAUCAUGAGCAAAGUGAGACAUCAAAAAGAGACCUGCAACGUGAUUUCCAGAGAGCAAGAGAUGAAUGGUUUCGUUUAUGGGACAAAAUGAAUUGUGAUAUGUCUGACCUAGAAGAUAGAAAUAAGGUGCUUUCUCAACAACUUUCUAAAGCUGAAAGUAAAUUCAGUAGCCUAGAAACUGAGCUUCAGCACACAAGAGAUGCUCUCAGAGAAAGGACUUUGGUUUUAGAAGGGGUACAGAGAGAUCUAAGAGAAAUACAGUGUCAAAAAAAGGAAACUGAACACAUGUAUCAAAAGGAACAAAAUAAAGUGAAUAAAUACAUUGAAAAGCAGGGCUCCUUAGAGGAGAGGCUAUCUCAAUUACAGAGUGAAAAUGAGUUGCUUCGGCAGCAACUAGAUUAUGCUCACAACGAAGUUUACAAGAGAGAAAAGACAGUCAUUGAUUUCAAAGAUCAGUUACAGGCUAUCAUAAAAAUAUUUCAAGCUGAAAGUGAAAACCAAGCUCUUAUGAUGAAUGAAAGAAAUACGAAGUUAAUCAAUGUAUGUAAUAGUUUAAAAGAAAUAAUGCAUGAAUGUUAAAACAGUAAAGCAGAAAAAGAUGCAACUGUGAGACAACUUCACCAAGAACUGGCUGGCACCCUGAAAAAUCAAUCUAUGUCAGAGGCUUCACUGCAGACUACAUCACAUUCUCAUAUGAAUUUAGAAAAUGAAGCACUGGAUAGAAAGAAGAAAUUAGAUCAAAGCACAAGUCAAGAGUCAGUAUCUGUGGAAGCGUUACAAAAGAAAUAUGAACAACUAAAGAAUAAAAAAGGGAAUUUGAAUCAAGAAGCAGUGAACCUCAAAAGACAUAUGCUAGUGAAUAUGACAGAAUUCAGUGAAGGAGAGCAGUAUCGCCAGAAGGCUGAAGAAAGAGUGAGACGGGAUAUAGAAGCAAAAUCAGAAGUCAGUCGAUCUUCACUGUCACAAGCAGCAUCUCAAGGUAAUCUGGAGGAGUUAAAAGAGAUUCAUUAUGCUGUAGCAAAAAGGCAGUUGGAACUCAGAAGUAAUCAUUUGGAAUCCAAAUUCCCCAAAAUAAAAACUUCUCAUGAUUCUAAAGAAACAGAUUUGGAAAAAUGUAGACAACUCUAUCUAAAAGAAAUAGAAAGUAAAGAGUCAUUGAGAAAUGAACUUAACAAGACUAAGGAAACUCUUGCAGAGACCAACACUGAGCUUCUCCCGCAGAAACCGCAGAAUAGAUCUUCACUCAGCACUUUUAAUCCAAAGCCAGACCUGGAGACAACUUAUGGUGGAAAUUUUGAUAAUUUUUUGCUCAAUAGAAAUCCUACUCAGAGAGAUAAGUUAGCAAUUUCCACUUCAAAGGCACAGACUUCACCUGACGUCGUUGUGAAGGUCAGAGCUUGCUUGGUAGCCAUGGACCAGCUCCGAGGCAAGGGGCUUCUGUCUAAUGGAGAUCUAUCACAGGUUUCUGUGAACUCUCCACUUUCAGACUCACACUGUGGUGUGUUCCUGCAAAAGGACAUCCUGACUGUCCUGCAGUGUGUAGUGCACCGCCUGGACCCCCUUCAGGAAUAA